AUGCCCGGACUGAUUUCCACCACCAAGAUCAACCACGUGACCACCAUGGUCAAGGACACCGCCGUAGCCAUGGAGUUCUACAACAACCUGCUGGGCAUCAAGCAGAUCGAGAGCCAGGUGGACAACCCCGAGAUCACUUGGCUGCAGCUGGACAGCGGCAUCAUGGUGCACCUGAUCGAGACGCAGGAGGCGCCGGCCAAGCCCGACCGCAUCCACCACGCCUUUGAGGUGGAGGACUUCGAGGGCACCCGCGCCACCCUGGCCGACAACGGCUUCGAGAUCGAGCGCGAGGGCGUGCGCUACGACGGCCAGGCCUUCCUGUUCAUCCACGACCCGGACGGCAACCGCGUCGAGUUCUGCACGUCGUCGGGAUACGCGCCUGCGCCGCCGCGGCCGACCAGCUGCUAG